UCUUCAAAGAAGGCAUUUGGACUGGACAGAGGAGGAAGAAGGAGGACCAAAUCUCUCUCUCUCACAGUGGGAACACCAUUUUUCUUCUUCAUCAUCAUCAUCAUUUCAUCUUCAUCUUCUUCUUCCCUAAAUCAUGAAUCCACACUUUACUGUAGCUUACCUUCUUCUUCCUCCUCCAUCUCUUUCUCUCUGAACUCUUAGCUGACAAAUCACAUGUACUAACCAGACCCACCACAUCCCCCAUCCAUCAUCCCACAUGGAAGGAAGAAAAAGAGUGACAACACCAAUCUGAUCUGACCCACAAACAAUUCCUCAUUUAUUUACUCUUUUCAAUAAUAUUAUUAUUAUUGCACAUCUCCCAAUAUCACCAAUCUCUUCCUAUUCUUUCCUGAUUAUUAUGGAUCUGCAUCCUUGCUCUUCCUCUUUAUGGUCAUUUUAAGAUCACAAUUCACAACCCAACAACACCCUCUUGCACCCAUAAUGAAAAAUGCUUGAUAGAAUCAAGGAGAUAAGAAUCUGCAUUCAUUGACUGAUUGAAGAAGAAAAAUGGCUUCAAAGCUCUUGCAUUCCUUGACUGAUAAUGAAAACACAGAUUUACAAAGACAGAUUGGUUGUAUGACAGGAAUCUUCCAAAUCUUUGAUCGUCAUCAUGUCCUCACCGGUGGCCGUCAUAUUAAUCCCAAGAAACUUCAACAAACUACUUCACACUUCAACACCCAUGACCCAAUUGAAUCCCAUAAGGGGAAGAAGAUUUUCAACAACAAUGCAGCAAAUGAGAAACAAAGAAUCAUUUCAAUGGAGUCUUCACAAACCUCUUUUUCUUCUUCCUCACGUUCAUCUUCAUUCUCAUCAAUCGAUUGCAGCAGAACAACAACAACAGCUCAACCAGAAACUGGUUUCUCAUUCGAACGAGUCAUUUUUCCUGAUACUCCUUCCAGGAUAGCACCCAUAAACCAAUCAAACGCAUCUCCACAGUUCUCAUCUCAUCAAUCGAUUGAUCUCCGAGAUGUGGUCAAAGAUUCCAUGUUGUAUAGAGAAGUAGAACUUACUGACUGGUCGUUGAAUCAAAGUGGAGAUGUUCAUAGAAAAUCAUGUAACUCUACUAGUACUACCAAUAUCUUCGCUUUCCCAAAGGAUUGUCCUCGGUUUUCAUACGAUUUGGGGGAGAAUUUCAAGUCGACUGCACCCCGACUUUCACUGGAUAGUAGUUCGAAGGAAUCAAAACCACGUUUAUUAAGAAACUCCAAAUCUCAAAGAGAAGGUAGCAAUUGUUUGAAUGAUCUAGAUUCAAGUCUGCAACAAACGUCUACUAUUCAUAAACGUCUUCCAAGUGUUGUAGCGAAGCUAAUGGGGUUGGAAGCACUUCCGGCUAACGAAACUCAAACAAUGCCGUCGAUGAAAACUUCCGUGGUCAUUGAAGAACCGAAAUCAUCGAAACAAGGAAGUUCGAGGAAGGAACCGACUUCGCCGCGGAGGAGAAACAACGAUUUCGUAGUAAUGAAACCGAUUACGACGUCUAGGUUUCCGAUUGAACCGGCACCGUGGAAGCAGAUCGAUGGUGGUAAACGUUCUCAAUCUCAAAGAUCAAAAACUACUGUAAGAGCUACGGACACGUUUCCUUCCGUUUAUGGCGAGAUUGAGAAACGAAUGAAGGAUAUUGAAUUCACGCAGGCAGGUAAGGAUCUUAGAGCUCUUAAACAAAUUCUAGAUGCGAUGCAAACGAAAGGAUUAUUAGAGACUGAAAUUGAAGAUGAUAGAAAACCUGUUAUGAAAUCGAGACAGAUAGUUAACUCGGAAUCUCCAAUCGUUAUCAUGAAACCGGCGAAACUUGUUGAGAAAUCUAGUAUUCCGACUUCAUCGGUGAUUCAAAUUGAUCGUACUACUAAAGAUCAGAUUAAAAAAAGUUCUAAAACGAAUGUUAGAACUCCAAAGCCGCCUCAAUCUUCUUCAAGGAGAUCGUCGUCUAAUAAUCAGCUGCCACCAAAAGAUGAGGAAAAAUCGUUGAAUUCGGCAAAAACUUCUUCUAUAAGCCCGAGAUUGCAUCAGAAGAAGCUUGAGUUACAGAAGAAAUCGCGGCCGCCAACUCCUCCUUCUGAUUCGAACAAGUCGAGAAGACAAUCCAAUAGUAUCCAGCCAUCGCCGUCGAUUGAAUCAAAUAGCUCCCCUGGAGGAAAACGCAGGGCGAAACCUCUGGCUAAAUUGAAAAAGGAGGAGAAAUCAAAUCAUAGUUCAGACGGUUAUAUUGUAUCAGAUUCGGCUACUGAAAUCGAAGUAACCAGUUCAUUUCGACCCGCUGAGAAACUGGAUUUUGAAGAACUUGUUCCAAUCACAGCAGAGCAACAACAACAACCAAGUCCUGUUUCUGUUCUGGAUAAUUCGAUAUACAGCGAUAACGAGGAUGAUUCAACGAAUGGGAAUUAUGUAAGAAACCGCAAAAAGCUGGAAAACGUCGAGCUCUUAGUUGAAAAGCUAAAGAAACUGAAUUCAGGGCACAACGAGUCCCAAACAGAUUACAUCGCGUCUCUAUGUGAGGACACUAAUCCAGACCACAGGUACAUUUCGGAGAUACUAUUGGCCUCGGGUCUCAUCCUUAGAGACCUUAAUAACUCGACAUCAGAAGAAGCAUUUCGAUUUCACCCAUCAGGUUAUCCAAUUAACCCUGAGCUGUAUUUAGUAUUGGAGCAGACAAAGGCCAGUAAGUAUAAGGAAGAAAAAGGUAAUGAAAAGGUGCAUAGGAAGCUUGUGUUUGAUUUGGUUAAUGAGAUUUUAUCUGUGAAGUUGUUGUUGUCGUCGUCGGUUAGGCCUUAUUCGGAGACAAGGUUGAGGCCCGCGAAGAGUUGUUUGAAUGGGCAAAAGCUUUUGAAAGAAUUGUGUUGUGAGAUUGAUAAACAGCACAAGCAGAUUGAAGAAGAGGAUGAUAGUUUGAAAAGUAUUGUUUGGGAGGAUGUGUUAGAUGGAAAGGGGACAUGGAUGGAUUUUUCGAGUGAGAUUUCGGAUGCGGUUUUGGAUGUUGAAAGAAUGUUGUUCAAAGAUUUGGUUGAUGAAAUUGUGCGCGGUGAAGAAGCUGUUGUUGCUGGUAGAUUUCGUCGACAAAUCUUUCUUCAUUAACGAUUUUAUUGUUAUUGUUUGCGAGUACUUGAAAUUGCAUAAUGAUAAUAAAUAAAUAAUUGCAAAAUCUACAUGAAGAGUAAAGGGAGAUUUUGAUAUUUUGUGUCAAGAAUGUACUAGCUAUGAUAUGCUGAAAACCUUGAACAAUA